AUCACUGUAAUGGCAAGGCAACGAGUGUAAACAAAGUGGUCGGGUAAACAGCGUGGCAACCAACAUGCAGACGUUACCGGCCCAAAACGUUUUAACAGCUAGGUAGCUAACUAGCUAUCUCUUAUCGGGGUUGUUUUAAUAGGGUAUCCCGCAGAAAUGGACACAGGAGGAUUCCAGAGCACUCGACGGAGGGACCUCCCGCCUCUUCCACAGCGUGGACAGUGUGCCCUGCCCCCCAUGUCAAGUCAAGAUACAGGUGACGAGAUGCCGGUCCCUAAAAGCAAGAGGAAGAAGUCGAAGAGUCAGGUGGAUGGUGUUGAAAGCCCAGAGGCAGACUCAGGGAUGGAGAUGGCCCAGAUGGGGGGUCUGAGCAGUCGCAGGUCAUCUGAGGUCAUCCAGGCCUUGACCCCUGAUUCGCAGGAAGCUGCACCACAGAGAAGGAAGAAGAAGAAAAAGGCAGCGACCGUAGACCUGGAGGAUGACCAGGCUGACCUGGUGAACGGGGAUGGACUGGUCCAGAACACAGCAGAGGCAGGGGAAGAAGUGACCAAAAAACCCAAGAGGAAGAAGAAGUCGAAAGUGUCAGAGACGCAGUACGUCAACGAGCUUCAUGUAGAGGACGAUGACGUCAUCACAGACGCUCAGUCACCCAUCCCCCGGCAUUCCCUGUUCUCUGCUCCCCUGGGACAGAGCCAGCCUGUGGGGAAGGUGUUUGUAGAGGGGAGCAAGAGGUUUCAAGCGGCCGAUCGGUCAGACAGACCGAAGUCCAGCAAUCAGGUGGACAACUUCGUGGACAUCCAGCAGAUGUGGACCACCAAGGAUGUGUCUGUUAGGGUGCAUGGUGGCUUCAGGGGGGUUGGGCUGUUCUGCCACGGCUUCCUAGCAGGCUAUGCCGUGUGGAACAUCAUAGUGAUCUAUGCCCUGGCAGGAAAACAUCUCACUACUCUGCCUAACCUACUGCAGCAGUACCACAGCUUGUCCUACCCUGCACAGUCUCUCUUCUACCUGCUACUGGCUAUAAGCACCGUGUCAGCCUUUGACAGGGUGAAUCUGGCCAAAGGCGCCAUGGCUAUGAGAGAGUUUGUCACCCUGGACCCAGUUGCUCUAGCCUCUUUCUUGUACUUCUCAGCUCUGGUCCUCUCUCUCAGCCAGCAAAUGACCAGUGACCGCAUCAACCUGUACCCCAGUGCUAACGAGACCUUAUGGCCUCCUGGGUCAGAGCACCAGAUCCUGCACCCGUGGAUCAUAGUGAACCUGGUGGUGGCUGUGCUGGUAGGAAUGGCCUGGAUCUUCAUCUCCACUAGGCCUGAGAUGGACUACACCGAAGGGUUCCUAAUGGCUAUGGAGAUCGAGUCCUUGAGACCAGAGGAGAAAUCAGAAAUGUCUACUUGAGGAAUAGUUUUUCCAUUUUCUUCUUGCACAUCUUUUUUUGAACUGUAUUUUAUCAGCCAACACUAAAUGUACACGUUGUUUUUGGCAAUAAUCAGUUUAUUUUUGUAUGACCCAAAUGUGUGCUUGUUUUGUCAAAUGUAUUGAUUACCAUUGGAAAUAAUAAAAAUGUUAUCCCAC